CCUCUCUCCCACUUCCCCAUCCUCUUCCCCUCAACAGCUCUUCUCCCUCCACUGGGGAGGACAAAGCCAGAGAGGAGCAACCAACCAGGACACCGGAGCAAGCCAAAAACCUCCUCCCCUCGUCUUGCGCGUCCAACGGCGUGGCAUGGUGGAGAAGGCGAGGAGCAUGGCGAGCAAGAUCGACAUCCCCGCACCGGCCCCCGGCCAGUCGUCGUGGAGGUCUGACGGACUCCCGUCGCCGACGAGCCCGUUGGACCGCGCGGCCGCGCCCUCGCCCCGCGGAUGGCGCCACCGCGACGCCGGAGGGGUCGGGCUCGGGAUCCUCGCGGCGCUCGAGGCGCAGCCCGCCACCACGACUGCAGCGGCCAGGGUGUCCAUCGCGCGCCGCGCCGCGCGGCUGGAGGUGUCGGAGCUCGGAUGCAGCGGCCGGUGCGCCACCAGCCUCUGCGGCGGCCGCGGAGGAGGACCGUCGUCCACCCAGUCUGGCGCCGGCGCGGCGUUCCGUGUGGCCGAGUUUUUGGCGUGCUGCGACAUGUGCCGGCGGCCGUUGGACGGGAAGGACAUCUUCAUGUACCGCGGGGAGCGCGCCUUCUGCAGCAUGGAGUGCCGGUACCACGCCAUCGUGAGCGACGAGUUCCAGGAAGAGGAUGAGCUGAAGCGCCGCGCCGGCGCCGCGUCCUCCGAGGUCCCCAAGAAGGCCACGGCGGAUAUGGCCGGGUCGCCCUGCAACGGCGGUGGCCAGAUCUUCUUCACCGGCAUCGUUGCCGCCUGACGAUGGAAGUUACUAGAGGAACCGCCGGCUGUAACAUAAACGAAAAAAGAAGGGAAAUAAGGAAGGGCGUGUCUGUAGAGAGAAAGGGUGGGGAAUUUUUCGUUUUCCUCUUUGGAGGCGGCGGCAUCGGUUUUGUUAUUUGAUCUUGUUUUUUUUUUUUGUAUUACUACCAUAUUAUUAGUAUUAUUAUGGGGGUGAUGUUUUUUAGCAGGAGGGAAGGGAAGGGAUGGUAACAAGUUUUCAAGGAUUGUUGCUUCCUUUCUGUUUCUCUACUGUCAAGGAAUAACAUAUGUCCCCCUUUGUUCAUUCCA